CAUAUGUUGUUUAAUGUACAAAUUUUGCUAUAAAUGCACUAAAACAUCCACCAAUAAAUCAGUUCGAACUGUACUCAGUUUUAUAGCAAACAUUCAAAAUGAAAUUUACGCUAAUCUUGACUUGUAUGAUCCUCUAUGUGACCAUAAUUGGGGCACAACAACGCUGUCGCGGAGCAUUUCGUCCAACCAGAUUGAAUCCCCGUAGCUGUACGGCUGACAUUGAUUCGGGCCACAGUCUUAAUAUUGACUGUCGUAGAAAUGGGAAUAUGUGGGCCUACAGUCAAAGGCGUCGUAGAUGCGUCAAAUUUACGUAUUUGGGUUGCGCCGGCAAUGGCAAUCGUUACUGCAGUCAACGUGACUGCAACGCCAGGUGUCCACCUCGUAGUACCAAUUAAAUA